CGGAGUGCGGAGCAAAGCGAAGUGGCGACAGCACACGCAGGAACCACUUCACCGCCCCAUCUCACCCGAUCCGCGCUUCCGAUUCGCAGCGUGGAAAGUUGCAGGACCGUGACUCAGAUAUCGCAGUUUUUGUAGGUGAUGUUUCAACCAAAUUCGAUGGAUUUCUAACAGAUCCUAAAAUAAUAGGAGACGAAAGAGGAAGGAAAAUAUCUGCGGAUAUUAGAGGAACUCUUAGCCGAGCGCAAAUUGACUCACUGGGAUUGUUUUUUUUAUGUUGCUGUCGCUGUCGAGCGUGACGAUUUUGCAACCGUAAAUUAAUCUGCAAUCAAAUGCAAGCAUCGAAUGGAGCGUGUGCAAGAAGUGAAACGGUUGAGUCGCACAGAAUGCACAGUGUUUUUCCUAAAUGGGAUUCCGCUCAGAGGGGAUAAUUUGUGUGCAAAGUAGCGCUGCUUCCAGCUGAAAAGGAGUUACCGUUCAGCCCCCCCCCCCACACACCCCCCUUCCCUCCUGAAUAAACCAUGGGGCCGCGGCAGUGCGUGGGACUCACCAUGCUCUUCCUGUUCACAGUGAUGGACAGCAAGGUUAUCCUGGAUGGCCUGCAGAGGUACGGCCCCACGCCAAUGUAUCUGCCGGUCAGCUACCAGAUCCUCAAUUCUGAGUCAGCAUUUUUCUUACUAGAGGCAAACCAGGACAUAAUGAGGAAUUCCAGCCUGCAAGCUCGAACAGAAUCCUUCUUUAUCCAUCAGGCUCGGCAGAUGCCCUUUGUCAAUGCUAGCUACGGGCCGCUUUCUGUCCAGCAGCCUGUUCCUCUAGAGAUGCUGCAAAUACUGCCAGGGCCAUUUAAUACACCACCCCUCACUUUAUCAACAGUGCCAACAUCGGCAACAUCUUCACCUCUGUUUACAUUCAACUGGAAGGUCCACACAUACAUCAUCAGUGAGCAGAUUCAUCCCAGCUGGCCAAAGGUUCAGGUGUUGUUCUACAUCGCAGGCAGGGACUGGGAUGAUUACAGCACCAUCCACAAGCUACCCUGCGUCAGGAUGUUUGCCUUUCAUGAGACCCAAGAGGUGCGAGGCACAUGCAGGCUAAAAGGUGAGCUGGGGAUUUGUGUUGCCGAGCUGGAGCCUCUGGCCAGCUGGUUCAGCCCGCCUACUGUUAGGCCCGGAAGGCAGAGGGUCUCAGAGCAGGCUCAGGGCACUCCUGUGGAGCUCUACUACAUAAUUCAAACCACAGACAACGGAGACUGCAGCUCAGAGGAUUCCAAAAAGGGCAGCCCAGUUCACACAGAACAGCAGAGGCCUUUGGGCUACUUUGCAGGGCAUACACCUAUGCAGCGCAUUGGGAGCGUCAGACUGUUGCAGCCAUUGUCUGAGCUGAAGCUGGACAAUAACUUUGUGGUGAUGGCCCCCUCUAAACCCAUAAGACAGAGAGAAACAGUCUCAACUUUUCUGGCCCUGUCCACGCUUUCAUCGGUGCAAAUUUUCACCCUAAGAGUCAAGAUGAAGGAUGGGGUGGUGUUCCUAGGAGCUAGAGCCAGUAACCCAGUUAUGUGGACGGUCAGUCAGGACGUCAGAAGUGAGGGCCACAGGGUUGUUACGCUACACUGUCAUAGGAAGGAGAACAGUUUCAAUCAAAGAGUUGAAGCAGUGGGCUACCAACAUGUUCUGCAGGUGGAUCUGGAGGUGAACGGCUUGAUGUUGACUCAGGGGAGCAGGGAGGUGACAUGGCAGGUGGAAUAUCCACUCACCCGCACCCUGACCAGUGAGGUGCGGACCCUCAUCCGUCUAGCAACGCAGGACCUUGGCGGGAUUGUGCCACUGGCCAUGGACACUGAGAUCCUGAACACCGCUGUCCUCACUGGGCGCACCGUUGCUGUUCCUGUUAAGGUGGUCACUGUAGGAACAGAUGGUGCUGUGUCAGAUGUUACGGAAUCAGUGGAGUGCAAGUCAACAGAUGAAGAAGUCAUCAAGGUAUCCGAACGCUGUGAUUAUGUGUAUGUCAAUGGAAAAGAGACAAGAGGGAAGAAAAGGGUGACGCUCAACUUCACCUACAGUUUUUUGAGUGCCCAGCUGGAGAUGAGUGUAUGGAUCCCCCACCUACCAUUGCUCAUAGAUGUGGCUGACCCUGAACUCAGUCAGAUUAAGGGCUGGAGAGUCCCUGUUAGUGCUGGCAGCAGGAGGUACGAGAGAGUCACCGAUGACAACGAGGGUGCCUAUGGACAAGAAGAGAGGACAGAAAAUGCUUGUGUAGCCCAGUACCAGAGCACCUCUCUGCAUGUCCUCACACAGUUUGUAACAGAUGCAGGGGAAUUAAGAGGAGAUAUGGAGGAGGGCGGACCGGGUCAGCAGAACUUCUUCCUGGGUACAGACUGGCAUGUAGAUGUCACGCAGCUUGUCAAAGAAUCUUUAAGGGUGCAGGACCCGAAGAUUGCUGAGCUGCUGGAGAGUCAAGUGCUAAUCGGCCUGAGCUCUGGAACCACCAAACUGCAGGUUUUGUCCCCUCUGACAUCAUCAGUCCUGGCUGAGAGGAGCAUCAGGGUGCUGGAUGAUAAAGUGAGUGUGACAGAGCUUGGGGUGCAGUUGGUUUCUGGACUCUCUCUGUCCUUGCAACUGAGCCUUGGAAGCAACAGAGCCAUUGUUGCUACUACAACAACGCAGGAAGUCAUAGAAUCACAUGCACAGGAAUCCCUCAUCAGUGCCUGGCUUCAGUUCAGUGAUGGAUCUUUGACUCCUCUGGACAACUACAACUCUGCCCAUUUUACCCUGGCAGCCACAUCUCUGAAUGAACAGGUGGUGGUUGUGCAGCAGAGUGCAAAAUGGAAGUGGCCAAUCAUUGUUGCCAAGGGUGAAGGCCAGGGUUUGCUUGUGCGUGUUGAAAUGAGUCCAUCAGAAGUAUGCCAGAAGUCCAAACGACGUUCUGCUCUAGCUACAGGAAUGGUGAAUGUACAGGUAAGGUUUGGUCACUCAGAGGAGCCGAACAGGCAACGUGAAGACAGAAGAACUCGACCAGAUCCCCCUUAUUAUGGUGGAUCUAUCUCUGACAUAGACACUGGAUUAAUUAACCGUGCAGCCACGACUAUUAGAGGCCAAGUUCCAGUGAGGCCCAAUGGGGGUCGCUUAUCAUCAGACAGUGGAAACAGGAACCUUAAUGACUUCUCUGAAUACCCAGAGUUGCCUCGGAGUCGCAGUACCGAUGAGGACUUGUUGCCAUCGCGGCGUGGCCUGACAGACUUGGAGAUUGGUAUGUAUGCACUGCUGGGAGUCUUCUGCCUGGCCAUCCUGGUUUUUCUCAUCAACUGCAUCUCUUAUACAUAUAAGUACCGAAGUAAACAUCUGUCUCUAGAGGCCCCAGAGACAAUGCCCCAUGCCCAUGACUGGGUUUGGCUUGGCCAAGAGGAAGGGCUUUGUCUGCAGCAACAGCAACAUGAAGAACUGACCGGCACCUUAGAGGAAGGCAGUCAGCUUUUAAAUGGAAGUAUCCAGCGUAGUAGUAUUGAGGGUGGCGGAUGUAGCUCAAGCGGAAGAGAUCUGAGGAAUGAGUCUCUUAACUCACCGACCACCAAGAGGAAGAGAGUGAAGUUCUCCACUUUCUCCAAUGUGAAGUCCAGUAAUGGAUGUCCAGUGCUUAACCCAUUGCCAGGGGUGCAGACCAGUGAUAUAAAAUGGGUUUGUCCAGACAUUGAGCUUGGGGACUCAAAGGAUCUUAGGAACUACAUGGAAAAGCUCAGUGAGAAUGCAAUUAAGAACACAGCAUAAGAGGUUCUGGGUUUUUCAUUGAACUAAAGAGAAACUCACCUGAAUGCCUUUGUGAUGAAAAGGGAGAGAAUGGAAAAAUAUAAAUGAAAGGGUGAGCAAACAAUCUGAUGGCUGUAGUUUAAUUGACGACCUCACUUUGAAAAUGACCGUCACUUUUGAUUCUAUGACAGUUCUCAGACAUGGUCAAGCAACAAUUUGCAAGACUUGAAUUUCCACACAACAGCAUAGUUGAAAGGUUUAAAAGUGAAAAUGGUAUUGUUGCCUAAAUGUAUGUUCUUUGUCCUCUACUGAGCUCUGAAUUUGUGUUUGAUUUGCUUUUUGUUCUUCUUAAAAUUAUAUUUUACUGCCCUACAUGUUGUGAUUUUAUUUGAGACUAAGUUUUUUCUCUAAACUAGUUGUAGGUCCUUUGCCACGAGCCAGCAAUUACAGAGCAUAUGAGACAAAGAUCUGAAACUGUUUUGUACUGUAUAUAAAUGCACAGUUUGAUUUAAAGUUACUAUAUGUAUGGUUACAUUUUGUAAAGUGCUGUUUGGUUUGGUUUGGUUUGGUUUUGGUUUUGGUUUUGUUUGGUCUCCAAAAGUCAGAUCCAUGCAUGAUGUUAUUUAAUGAGGAACCAUGUGUGUCCUAUCUGAAAAUGUGUAGAUAACUAUUAUCCAUGAACUUGGAUACAAUUUAGUAGUGUAAAAUUAAAUUCCCUUAUCAUGGUUAAGUUCUGGGUUUGAAUAUUUAUAUUAAUUUAAUUAUUUGUGGUCCCACAUCUUCUAUUUGUGUUUUUAUUGAUGAUCAUCCCCCACUGCAUAUACAAAAGUUGCUUUACUGCUGAGUUUAAGUGUCAUCAUAUAACAAUUAUUUUACAAUUUCUGCAGCAGAAAAAUUGUGAUUACUGCCGAAAGCAUCAAAAGACAAUCACGUACAGUGCACCCCACAUUUAUGGACACCCAUGGAUAAGAUAAGUAAAAAGCUUUAAGCCUGAGCUUUGGAGAAGUGUUUUUUUUUAACCAUUUUUGAACGUGGUGGCAGGAUAAACUUGGGUCCAUGCCUCAUUUGUCUCAAUUCCACCUGUUUUGAAAAAGAUUUUACUCUGAAUGAGGAAAUGGGCAAUUUUAAAGUAGAUAAUGUUCUUGAGCCCAUAUGCUGAUCUAUAAAGAAACACAUCUGACUAACGCUGGGGACACACUACACCAUUGCCCAAUUUUACCCCCGAUUCCCUGUAGGGGAAAGUCUGCUUCAGUCUGCACUAGUUGUGCCCAGUCGAUUUUUUUUUUUUUUUUGUAACUGUAUAACAUUAUGAACAUUAAUGCAGUGGAUAUAGUACAAAUUUUCAACAAACUAAUUAAAAUUACCUAGUGAGACUAAAACACAGUAAAUAAUGAAUGGCCUUAUUGAAAUAAACCAAGCAAAUCACACAUUGCACAUUAAGGUUAUUGGACUUAAUUCAAGAACUGAUAUUUUUGAAUGAAAUAUUUUGCACAUAGAGUAAACUUAUCUAUCAUACAUUCUUAAUGUUUAUUUUCCUGAUCUAGCCUAACCAAUAUAUUGUUUUGUCUAUUAAGAUCUAAAGAACAUUUUUAGAUUAAAGCCAACAUUGACUGUCAGUCCAAAGCCCACAAACAAACUCACAACCUCAAAUUCCAGUUGUAAAUUCUCAACAUGAGUAUAACAAAACAUACCUAUAAGUAGUCUGAGGUUUAUCAUCUAUUACCACUCUUGCAAGAGUUUCCACAAGAGUUUAAUGCGUUCAGUUGGCUUUAGUGGGUCUGAAAAAUCCCAUGGUCUGUGAGCGUUCAACAACCAUAUAAGUUAUUUUAAACAAAUGCCUCUUUAUUUUUUUAUUUAAUAAAUCUAUAUUUAUUUAAGCUGAUCAGACUGUCUAGGGAUUUUUAAUUAGUAAUCCAUGACUUCCUGUUUCCCUGGGGAAUAAAUAUGAUGUAACACAGAGAACAACUUAUCUGAGCAGCUUUUCAAAACAGGUAAGACAAGAGACCAUGCCAUUCAUAAAAAUCUGGGGAUACUCUGUAUGAUUUUCAAUAGUCAUCACAGAUUUUGAAAAGACUUGCUGUUUAAAUUAAAAAAACCUUUUUUUUUCCUUUGACUGGCUGAAAGACUGGGGAUCAGACACUUAACAAAUAUCUUUUGAACUGUAAGAAGUUCUCGCUGACAUGCAUUAACUGGAUUUUGAUUGUGUUUUUCAAAAUUUUGAUCAGUUUUUCAAUUUAUUUUAUUUUUAUCUUUAAGUGUUUUCAAAGUUUUUCUUGUUUGUUUUAUCUUUUGAUUUGAGUGUUUUUAAUUUUUAUGUUCAGCCAUUGCAAGAACUGUUUUGCAACUACUUGUGACAUUGGUGAUUAUGUUAAAACAUUUUUUUAUUAUGUCCCUGCGCUCCCCACUGAAUAAAUGUAUUCGUUUUAAACGUUUAUCUAAAUUUCCCCUUUUUUGUAGUGUAAGGCUAUGUUUUUAUAAGAGAGGGCAAAAUUUACACAUCUUUAUAAAGAGUGUGCAGCAAGUAAUGUGAAACACACUGAUCACUCAUCACCCAUCUAAAUUGGAUUUCCAAAAACAACCAUUGCAGUAAAAAAUAAUUAUUAUUUUUCUCAUACAGCUGUAUUAGUCAGGUUUAUCGUCUUUUACUGUCUCUGUUUGAAAAUUGGCUGCUUGACUAAUUAAAGCUCAAGGUGAUUCUUGA